AAGUUGUGGGAGUGAGGAAGGCGGGCGAGCGUCGCGGUGCGCAUGCGCCGAUCUUCAUGGAGCGCCGAGGGGCUCCGAGGGACGGAGGGCAGCCCAGGUUUUGGAUGAAGUAACUCUGAAGAAGGGACAGUGAAAAGAAAAGAAGUCCAGGGUGAGAACUUCUGAUGCAUAACCGACUAAAGAAAUGAAGGGCAGGCAGCAGAAAACAUCAGAGACAGAAGAGGGGACGGUUCAGAUCCAGGAAGGAGCAGUAGCGACAGGUGAAGAUCCCACCAGUGUGGCCAUUGCGAGCAUCCAGUCGGCAGCCACCUUUCCGGAUCCCAACAUCAAAUAUGUCUUCCGAGCAGAGAAUGGAGGUGCUCAGCUGAUGUACAGAGUCAUACAGGUGGCCGAGGGCCAGCUGGAUGGCCAGACGGAGGGCAGUGGGGCCAUCAGCGGCUACCCUGCGACGCAGUCCAUGACCCAGGCUGUCAUCCAAGGAGCAUUCACAAGCGAAGAUGCAGUGGACUCCGAAGCCACGGCCACUGAGACCCACUACACUUAUUACCCUGCCACCGCAGUGGCCGACACCAGCACUUCUGCCGGAGCAGGGACGACUGCGGUGGUCACCACCCAGAACUCAGACGCCCUUCUGGGACAAGCCACGCCCACCGGCACAGGGCAGUUUUUCGUCAUGAUGUCACCCCAGGAGGUGCUGCAGAGUGGGACCCAGCGGUCAAUCGCGCCCCGGACUCACCCUUAUUCCCCGUGUCCGUGCGUUUUAACAUUGCCAAGCUUGCAAAACAGUGAAGUAGAGCCUCUCAUUCCAGAAGACUCUGUUGUAAUAAUCCUUUUGUGUCCUGUAGUGGAACGCCGACGCAGGGACAAGAUCAACAACUGGAUUGUCCAGCUGUCCAAGAUCAUUCCAGACUGUUCUAUGGAGAACACCAAAUCUGCACAGAGUAAAGGAGGGAUCCUCUCCAAAGCUUGUGACUACAUUCAAGAAUUAAGACAGAACAAUAUCCGUCUUUCUGAGGAGCUGCAAGGCCUGGAACAACUCCAGGUGGAUAAUGAAGUCUUGCGACAACAGGUCGAAGAUCUGAAGAACAAGAAUCUGAUUCUACGAGCACAGCUCCGACAGCACGGCGUGGAGGUGAUCAUCAAGGAGUCCCACUGACCAGCCCCUCAGCGGCAGGGAGGGCCUCGCUCAAGACACGCUGCCCCCCUCUCGGCACAGCAGGAGGCUCUGAUGCCCGGCUGCACCGGGGCUUCCCAGCCAGCCUUCCUCCCUCUCUCUGCCUUGUGCUGCAUCGGAAGGCCGCGUCCCCCCCUCCCUCGGGGCCAGGGCUCAGCUCAGGACACUCGACUUUGCCCAGUGGCGCCUCUCGGCUCACCCCUUGGCUUGGCCCUCCGGGCUUGACGUUGACAAACGUACUCUUGGUUCGUAGGCCCCUAAAACGAAUUCCCCCCCCCCCGAGUUGUGUUGAUCCUCUCCCAGCCCUGCCAUUUUGCUCAGCAUUGCCGCCCGCUCGCACGCUUCCUCGGACGCCCCUUGCAUGCAACCUCACGUAGUUCCCUUCCACGGUUCCCUACUCCCACCUGUGGACAGGGACCUCCGGGGACUAUUCCCCUCCCAGGCCCUGCUCCUGCCAAGCGAGGGAGUGGAGCUCUGUGCAGCCCCUCCCGCUUGCCCUCUUUAGCCCCACCUUCCUCCUCUCCCUGGAUGGAUUCCGGAAGGCCGACGCUCGACGCUCCCUGUGGGGAAUCCUCAUUGCCAAAAAGAGGCAACGUUGCUCACGUGCAGAGUGCCCACGACCGGAGUGGGUCCCGAGUGGUCGCUCUCUCGAAGAUGAUGCAUCUAACGAUCAGGAUAGCAGUUCUCUUUUUUUUUCGUUUUUCUCUUUUUUUAAAAAAAAGAACAACCUGCAUUUGGGACAAAAAAAAAAGGAACAUAAUUAAAUAGCUGCCUUGCUGGGUUCA